AUGAUGCCAUUCACUCCCAUCUUGGAUAUCCAGGACGCAUCCAAGGAGGCUCAGCUUGCAGAGUACCUCGCCAGCGCCUCUCAGACCAUCUGGUCUUAUAUCUCUGGGGAUGCUAUCCCUCUCCCUACCAAGCGUAUUUUAAAGGCUUCUCUGGCCUAUUUCUUUGCCUGUCUCCUCUCUUUCACGCCGUUCUUCCUGCCCUUCAUUGGCAUGUCGGGCCAUUUGGCUGCUACUUCUGCCGUCUUCUUCAACCCAGCAAAGACUCUGGGACGGAUGGUCGACGCCGUGACAGCAGGCCUCUGCGCAAUCACCUUUGGAUUCUUGGUGUCUGUGGCAAGCAAGCUCAGUGCCAUCUGGUUUAACUCGCGCGACUUGUACAUAUGGGGACAUGUUGCCAGUGUUAUUGUCUUCGGCGGCGGAUCCACCUUUAUCAUUGCCUAUGCAAAGGCUUACUUCAACCGCCCCACUGUCAACGUAGGCAAGUAUCGCUCCUAUCUUUUACUGGAAUGA